AUGGCGCCGCACUGGGCUAGAUUCGUCCAUCCAGAAGCACCAGAUGUGCAUGGCAAGUACCAGCCGACAAACGACAAGAUCUUCAAAUCUCCGUUCGGCCCAUUUCCCCCUACGCCGAAGGACCUGAAUGUGCACGAACUGUGCUUCCCCCCGAGUCAGCCUUUGCCCCCAGAUUAUGACCUUUUCAUCGACGCUGUGACCGAUCAAAGAGUCACACUCCACCAAUUCUACGAAAGAGUUUGCGCGUUAGCACGGACACUUCGUUAUGAUGGUCCCAAUCCUUUGGGAUUGACGAGGUCGCCGGUGGAUGACAGAGAUAACGGGGAGAUUUUAGGCCUCUUUUCCCGCAAUCACAUCCACUACUCCAUGCUGGCUCAUGCAUGUUUUCGUGCCGAGCUGGUGUUUGGCGGCAUAAGCCCUGCAUCCACGGCGUACGAACUGUGGCAUGUCCUGAGGAAGAUGCAGAUCACGUCUAUUGUGUGCCAUGAGACGCUUCUGCCUGUGCUGCGUGAAGCUAUCAAGCUCGGGUCCGGUCCAGAGAACGAGAAGCUUCGACUCGUGCUUGACGAGAGGAAAAUCGUCGUGCUGGCAGAUGAUGCUUCCUUGGAUUCCUUGGAGGGCUACCUAACCGUGGAAUCCCUCGUAAGACAAGGCUCGCAGAUGCAAGAGCGCAAAAGAAACCUCGUUGGCGGUGACAAGCUGUGUUAUCUGUUCCAGUCGUCAGGCACGUCUGGUCUCCCCAAGGCGAUGAUGAUCUCCCACAAAAAUGCAGUCCACAGCGGUUUGCAAGGGAUCACUGCGGCGACGCUGACUGCACUUUUCAACAAAGUUGAACCCCUCACCCACCAAACACUCCUUGGAAUUGUGCCAGCAUAUCAUUCCUAUGGCAUGAUCAUGUGGAUUUUGCGGGUUAAUCUUGCUCCAGCCACCAAUGUCAUGAUGUCGAAAUGGAAUGUCGAACUCGCACUUAGAUCCAUUCAGAAGUAUAGAAUCACGGUCCUACCUCUAGUUCCUCCGAUUGUGAGGCAGCUUGCUCAGUCUCCGCUGACGGAAAAGUACGACCUGUCAUCGGUUGUCGCCUGCUCCAGUGGCGCGGCAUAUCUUCCACCAGACGUGGCUUAUCAGCUUGCCCAGAAACUGCCCGUGAAAACGCCCAUUCCCUCUGGAUAUGGCCUGUCCGAAGCCGCAUCCAUUGCAUCACCUCCGGUGGCGGGAAUUUUCGGCUUAAAGGCAUCAGAGCCCGGAACAAUCGGGUUCCUUCUGCCAGGAAUGGAAGGCCGAGUUGUUGACCCGGACACUCUGGAAGAUGUGCCAAAGGGCAGCAAGGGCGAGCUGUGGGCAAGGGGGAACGUGGUAAGCAUGGGAUACUUUCGAGAUCCGAAAGCCACUGCCGAGCUUUUCGCGGAGCCGGGCUGGUUGAGGACAGGGGACCUUGUAAUGCGUGACGCUGAAGAUCGAAUUCAUUAUCUCGAUCGCCUGAAGGAGAUGAUCAAGGUGAAAGGUCUGCAGGUGGCAGCAACCGAAGUGGAAGAUACCUUGCUCGAUCACCCAGAGAAGCUUGUGACAGACGCAUGCGUUGCCGGAGUAAAUAACGGUCGAGGGGACGGAAGCUUGUUCCCGAGAGCAUGGGUGGUUCUAAGCCCGGAAGGCAAGAAACAAGGUGCGACAGCGGCGAUCGCGAAGUUGAAUGAGCAUGUUGGACAGCGCCUGAGCAAACAUAAGCACCUAGCCGGAGGGAUCGAGAUAGUUGACUCGAUUCCACGAACACCGUCCGGGAAAAUGCUGCGGAGAGAGAUGAGAGAUGCAUAUCAUCGCCGUAUCAAUGUGGAACGCCCGAGCAGUAAAUUAUGA